GAGCGCGGGGAGGGGGUGGGGUGGAGGCGGGAGCGGAGCCGGGCGCCGCCGGAGCUGCGGGGGGAGCGCUGGCUGGCUGGCUGGCUGGCUGGCUCUCCGCUGCGCUGCGCUGCGCUCCGGCCGCUCCCGCGGCCCGUGGAUGGGGGUGUCCGGCUGAGCCCCGGGAUCCGCCUCCCUCCGCCAGGACCCGCACAGGUGCCGUCGCGGGGGUCGACUUUAGUUAGGACCCGACUCACUGCUGGGGGUGGAGUCUGGUGGGGGUGGUAAGGAGGCCCCGGGAUUCUCUGACAGGACGGUCUGGGGUCGCCGCAGCUCUCCUCACCUGGUCCCAUUCUGGGAUUAGAAAGGAACAACGGGAGGCCGUCGCCUUCCUGCCCAGCCCUUCAGGGAGCGCAGCUGGGACGCCGCGCCAGGCCCUGGAGAUGUGGGAUGAUGGGCACUUCCAGUAUCAUCUCAGCAUCGGCCCUCCAGCCAGGCCUGAUAAACUCAUCCUGAAAGUCGCUGUUGUUCUCCUGCUGAGCAAGAAUGGAGGCCCCACUGGUGAGUCUGGAUGAAGAGUUUGAGGACCUUCGACCCUCCUGCUCGGAGGACCCGGAGGAGAAGCCCCAGUGUUUCUACGGUUCAUCUCCCCACCAUCUCGAGGACCCCUCCCUCUCCGAGCUUGAGAAUUUUUCUUCCGAAAUAAUCAGCUUCAAGUCCAUGGAGGACCUCGUAAAUGAAUUUGAUGAGAAGCUCAAUGUCUGCUUUCGGAACUACAACGCCAAGACCGAGAACCUAGCUCCCGUGAAGAACCAGUUACAGAUCCAAGAGGAGGAGGAGACCCUUCAGGACGAGGAGGUUUGGGAUGCUCUGACAGACAAUUACAUCCCUUCACUCUCAGAAGACUGGAGGGAUCCAAACAUCGAGGCUCUGAAUGGCAACUGCUCUGACACUGAGAUCCAUGAGAAAGAAGAGGAAGAGUUCAAUGAGAAGAGUGAAAAUGAUUCCGGUAUCAACGAGGAGCCUCUGCUCACAGCAGAUCAGGUAAUUGAGGAGAUUGAGGAAAUGAUGCAGAACUCCCCAGACCCUGAGGAAGAAGAGGAGGUUCUGGAAGAAGAGGAUGGAGGAGAAACUUCCUCCCAGGCAGACUCGGUCCUCCUGCAGGAGAUGCAGGCGUUGACACAGACCUUCAACAACAACUGGUCCUACGAAGGGCUGAGGCACAUGUCUGGGUCUGAGCUGACCGAGCUGCUGGACCAGGUGGAGGGUGCCAUCCGCGACUUCUCGGAGGAGCUGGUGCAGCAGCUGGCCCGCCGGGACGAGCUGGAGUUUGAGAAGGAAGUGAAGAACUCCUUUAUCACGGUGCUUAUUGAGGUUCAGAACAAGCAGAAGGAGCAGCGAGAACUGAUGAAAAAGAGGCGGAAAGAGAAAGGGCUGAGCCUGCAGAGCAGCCGGAUAGAGAAGGGAAACCAGAUGCCUCUCAAGCGCUUCAGCAUGGAAGGCAUCUCCAACAUUCUGCAGAGUGGCAUCCGCCAGACCUUUGGCUCCUCAGGAACUGACAAACAGUAUCUGAACACAGUCAUUCCUUACGAGAAGAAAGCCUCUCCUCCCUCAGUGGAAGACCUGCAGAUGCUGACAAACAUUCUCUUUGCCAUGAAGGAGGAUAAUGAGAAGGUGCCUACUUUGCUAACGGACUACAUUUUAAAAGUGCUCUGCCCUACCUAACCUUGCCCUUUGGAGCAGCCUCGCUGCAGGAGGUCACUGAGCAAGAGUCAUUCCAUCACAGGGACUGCAUGAGACCAUGUAACCUCCGACAUGUAUUUAAACAUGUAUAGCUUAACCCGGAUUAAACAAGAGCAAGCGCGCGGGGUCCUUUGCCGUUGGCUUCUAGUGCUAGUAAUCAUUGGAUGCAUGAUGGGGCAGGGCCGGUGAUGGUGCCUCCUCCUUGCUGGUGUCAGGAGAGGGGAAGGCAGCCGCUUUCACCGCUCAUUAUGUAGUCUGGCUACAGCCCUCAAAAACAGCUUAUACUCUUAAGACUAAUUUUGAAAUAAAACCUUCAUUUAAUUAAUA